AUGGGGGUCAAUAUUCCCAAGGGAACAACCACCACAGCUACGCCAGCGCGGACGGAUACACCCGAAUCCCAUCUUGUCCUGUCAACAGUCCCCGAGGUUCCCUCCGGUCUACACUCACCAUCCAAUGGCCACAUCACGGAUACCAAACUAGGUACGACAGGCGACAAUGAAGCAAAGGGUGGCCUGUACGCAACCGAGAAACAUGGCAAUGCAUGCUCUCAGCAGCUCCCCGUCAAUUCGCAUGAACAUCCUCUCUUCCCGCCGCUGCCCGCAUACGGUCCUCCGAAUGCCGCCUCCAGCAUAAAGUACUACGCAAUUCGAGCCAUUUCCUUCGUGCUCUCGCUAUGCUUUUUGACCGCGAUAUUUGCCGGCGCGUUGUCUGGUACCGUUAGCAUAGGACUUGCCAAUGUAAUUGCAAGACUACAAGGUCGGAAGCCUGCAUCUGGGAGAGUUUUCGAAGCCGAAGAAAGCAACCGCAGAAUAGCACGAGCCGAGUCAGACCGGAAAUGGCGUAUUCGACAACAGAAGAAACACGUGGAUGAGGAGCAAGGCCAGGAUGAAUGCCCACCGCUGGAAGGGGGCAAGGAUCCGGUUGUCUGCGACGUUGCAUACUAUGCCCGACGGGUCGGAUUGGAUGUCGAGACAUUCCGGGUCCAAACCGAGGAUGGAUUCAUCAUCACCCUUUGGCAUGUCUACAAUCCCCAGGAAUAUGCAGCACUCCCGGCCGACCAACGUCGUGAACGUGGGCCCACUGUCUUCACUGGCACGAAGAACUGGCCUUCCUCCAGUUCCAGUGCGAAGCGGCGAUACCCUGUUCUGUUAAUGCAUGGAUUGUUGCAAAGUGCAGGCGCCUACUGCACCAAUGAUGAUGAUAGUCUCGCAUUCUUCCUUUGCAAGUCUGGAUACGAUGUUUGGCUAGGGAACAACCGAUGUGGCAUGACGCCCGAGCACACUACCCUGUCUCCGUCAGAUCCACGCAUGUGGUCCUGGGAUAUUCGACAUCUCGGUACACUCGACUUGGCAGCACUUACAUCUCGAGUGCUAUAUGAGACCGGCUUCGAGAAACUGGGUCUUGUAUGCCACUCGCAAGGGACCACUGAAACACUCGUAGCCCUGGCGAAGGAACACCGACCCAAACUUGGAGAGCGCAUCUCUGUAUUCUGCGCCCUCGCGCCCGCUGCAUACGCCGGCCCCCUCGUGAGCAGGCCCUAUUUCCGCUUCAUGAGUAUGAUGUCUCCGAAAAUGUUUCGAGUGUUCUUUGGGAUUCAUGCCUUCAUUCCCUUCAUGAUGACCGUCCACCGCACAUUUCACCCAAAACUAUACGGAACUCUUGCAUACUGCGUGUUUUCGUUCCUCUUCGGCUGGUCUGAUGCCCGCUGGGAGCGAGACUUGCGAGACCGCAUGUUUCAAUUCGCUCCUGUAUACGUUAGCGCUGAAAUUAUGCGGUGGUGGCUAGGGAGCGACGGGUUCGCCAAGCACAAGUGUAUUCUUGCUACAGAAGACCAGUCUGCGUCCGAGGCAAAUGCAGCUCGUCAUGUUCAAGGUGAAGUCGGUUUAGAGCAUGGAGAUGACCCAGGAGACCCUUGUCUGGCUGCCCCUGGCGACAAAGCAUGGUUCGGUCCACAAGUACCUCCGUUCGCCAUGUGGGUUGGCGGCUCUGACGCACUAGUGGAUGGUCGUCGACUUCUCCAACGCUUCGAAGGUGGCUUCGAGCCUCAUGUACGAGUCGUCCACUCGAAGAUCAUUGAUGAGUAUGAACACCUUGAUGUCCUGUGGGCCAUGGAUGCCAUUGAGCAAGUCGGAAAGGAAGUCCGUCAGGUCAUCUGGAACACCAUGCCUGACGAUGCGCGAGACAUAUGUCGUGUCCCUCGAGGCGUGAACCAGAGCCUUUUCGAGACGGGAGAGACUAGGCACGCAUAG